AUGGCAAUUACAAUAAAAUCUCUGCUUUUUCUUCUUCCUUUGUUUUUCGUUUCUGGUUUUGCUCAUCUUGGUGAGCCUAUUUGGCAAGAACCAAACGCCUACCAGGUCUUCAACGAAGAACAUAUUCUAGGGCCUCAUGAAUUGUUUGGAAACCCAUUUGGAAACCCUGAUGAUUUUAAGAAAAAAAUCCCAGAUGAUGUUGGGACACCCAUCAACAAAGGUGAUGAUGUUGCUCCCACAAAGAAGCCAAAACGUUCUCCUGAUGCUCCAUGGGUAGCCCUUGGAUACAAAGGAUCAUGGGAGCUGGUUUCUCAGAAUUCUGGUGUCUCAGCCAUGCAUUCAAUUUUGCUUCCUAAAAUUAAUAAGGUGUUGAUGUACGAUGCCACCAUUUGGAAGAUUUCAAAACUCCCAUUACCUAAAGGACAUUGCCGUAUUCUUAACAAAACCACUGGUGAAAAAGAUUGCUGGUGCCAUUCUGUGUUGUUUGAUAUUAACGAUGCAAAACUUACCCCUCUUGAGCUCAACACAGAUACAUGGUGCUCAUCAGGAGGUCUCGAAAUUGAUGGCAGCUUUGUGAGUACUGGUGGGUACCAAGGUGGUGCAAAUACUGUUAGAUACUUGGGAUUGUGCGAUGGCUGCACUUGGAGAGAGUACCCAACGGCUCUUGCUGAUCGUAGAUGGUACUCAACACAAGCACAAUUGCCAGACGGUGGAUUUAUCGUGGUUGGCGGCCGUGACGCCUUCAGCUAUGAGUACAUUCCGGCGGAAGGGAAGUCCAAUGCCAAACCCUUCUUGUUCGAUUUCCUCCGGCAAACCAGCGAUCCAGAGGAGAAUAAUUUGUACCCGUUUGUCUAUCUUUCCCCUGAUGGAAAUGUCUUCAUCUUCGCCAAUAGUCGUUCUGUGCUUCUCAAUCCCAAGUCUAACAAGAUUGUUCGUGAGUUACCUGUCCUCGCCGGUGGCUGCAGGAAUUACCCCGCUUCUGGAAUGUCCGCUCUUCUCCCAAUAAAACUUCACGCCCAGAAUCAAGAGACGGUCCAAGCAGAAGUGUUGGUUUGUGGCGGUUCAGCACAUAAAGAUUCAUACUCAAAAGCUGAAAGAGGAAUAUUUUACACAGCUCUUCAAGACUGCGCAAGAAUUAAAAUCACAGCUAAAAAUCCAGUUUGGAAGAGAGAGCUCAUGCCAACACCUCGUAUCAUGGGCGACACGAUGAUUCUUCCUUCAGGCGACGUCCUCAUACUCAACGGUGCUCAAAGAGGAGCUUCAGGCUGGGGGUUCGCCAGAGAACCAAAUUUCGCCCCAGUCUUAUAUAACCCACGAGCCACAAGAGGCGAAAGGUUCACUGAGCUCGCACCAUCCACCAUUCCAAGAAUGUAUCAUUCAUCCUCAGCGGUUAUGCCAGAUGGGAAAGUUUUGGUGGGUGGAAGCAACACAAACAAUGGCUACAUCUACAACGCAAUGUAUCCAACUGAGCUGAGAAUCGAGAAAUUUUCUCCACCCUACUUGAACGCUGGCCUGGCAGAGAAGAGACCUGAGAUUAUAAAAACUGCUGAAAUGAUUAGCUAUGGCGGUCCCAUAGAACUGGAGAUUAAGUUAGCUGGAGUCCAUGUGCAGCAGCAAGAUGUGAGGGUGACAAUGUAUGCUCCUGCUUUUACUACUCAUGGAGUUUCGAUGAAUCAAAGGCUCCUUGAUUUGGGAAUAAAAGAGGUUCAGAGUGAUGGCAAUGAAAGCCAUAAGGUUGUGGCCCAAGCUCCACCAAGCGGCCUCGUUGCUCCGCCUGGAUAUUAUAUGCUUUCUGCUGUUCAUCAAGGUAUCCCCAGCGUUUCCAAGUGGGUGCAGAUCAAGUGA